AGGCGUUACACAUUCCAUUGCAGAUAUGUUUACUUCCGUCAACAAUUGUGGGAGAAAGACAAAGUGUUUGAGAAACUACAAAGAUAGAUAGUGUGGUAUUAAAAACAGUAGUGUUAUUUAUCACAAAUAGUUUAUAAACCGUUACCUUAUAAUAAGACGUAAUAUAAAGUUUUCUUUAUGCUGACAACCCAUGGGUUGGUGCUGCCUUGCGUUUUUGUUUUUCUUAGUCCGCCAAUGCUGUCUUUUUUUUAAUGAUAUAAUUUCAGUUUUUUGCAGACUAGACGGGAUGUUUUUGUGAACGACUGUAACCAGUGUAUUUCUAAGUACUAUAUGCCAGAAGGUUGAAUCUGUUCGCAAAAUUUGAUUCAAAUUACAAUUUUGUCAUCACAAAAGCUUUAUAACGUAACAGGUGAAGAAUGCCAUUCUUGGGUCAGGAUUGGAGGUCUCCUGGAUGGAGCUGGGUAAAAACUGAGGAUGGCUGGAAACGCUUUGAGUUUUUUAACCAUGAUUUGGAAGACAACAAUACCGAGCUAGAACUGAAAGAGUUGCAAGAUGAAAAUAAGGAAAAUCUGUUUACUGGUGAAGAUUGUGAAGUUGCAGCCAAAAAAAGAAAAAAAGAUCAUUUCAACAACAAUGCAAAAUCCCAAUUUUACUAUCAGGAGAAGUGGAUUUAUGUUCAAAAGGAAAGCACGAGAGAAAGACAUGGUUACUGUACAUUAGGAGAAGCUUUUAACCGCUUGGAUUUUUCCAGUGCUAUAAAAGAUAUCCGAAGGUUCAACUAUGUUGUUAAAUUGGUGCAGCUAAUUGCAAAAUCCCAGUUAACAUCUUUGAGUGGAGCUGCUCAAAAAAACUACUUCAAUGUUCUGGAGAAGAUUGUUCGAAAGGUCCUAGAAGACCAGCAGAAUCCUAGGUUGAUCAAAGACCUCCUUCAAGACCUUGGUUCCACACUCUGUAUUCUUAUCAGAGAAGUAGGCAAGUCAGUGUUGGUGGGCAACAUCAAUAUAUGGAUCUGUCGCUUAGAGACAAUACUCAACUGGCAGCAACAGCUGAGCAACUUUCAGAUACCCAAGCAAGUAAACAAUGGUGUUACACUUGACGACCUCCCACUCCAUAUGCAAAACAACAUUUUGUACAAGUUUUCUGAUGGCUGGGAUAUUGUUAACCUUGGUCAAGUGACGUCAACUUUGCACAUGCUCAGCGAAGACUGGCAUCUGUGGAAAAAACUUUGCCAGUACCAUUUUGCAGAGAAACAAUUCUGCAGGCACUUAAUGUUGUCAGAAAAGGGACAUGUGGACUGGAAACUGAUGUACUUCACACUUCAGAAAUAUUACCCAAAGAAGGAACAGUAUGGUGACACGUUGCAGUUCUGCAGACAUUGUAGCAUUCUCUUUUGGAAGGACUGUCAUCUUGCUUUAUUAUUCAAGGAUUCGGGACAUCCCUGCACUGCUAAUGAUCCAGAUAACUGCUUUAUGCCAGUUUCACCACAGCACUUCAUUGACCUAUUUAAGUUUUAGUCCAUUCUGUUACAUUUUUGUUAUUGUUGUAGAAAAAGGCAAACUUGUUGGCUGCUUGUCAUGUUUUAUGUGCAAUAUUUCUGUUUAUAAAAUAAAAGGGCUCUGUGAAUAUGUUGUAUUGUGAAGGUAAUUGCAAGUGACAGAAAGGCAGUGGAGCAGUGGGCCCUGGAACACACACACAAACAUUUGUGUGAAGAGUAAAUCCAGUUUAAAGUGAUGUUGAAAAAGAUUUUUUUGGGGGGGUAAAUGGUGGCGAUCAAAGGAUGGGCUUUUAUUUCCUUCGUAAUGAGUGCACGUAGACUGAAGCACAGUUUACACAUUUAAAAUGUUUACUUUUGUGUAUUUCAUUGAGGUGUUUAAAUCUUACAUUAACACUAAGAUGAUGUUAUUAAUUUACCAUAAAAAACUGCAAAAAAAAAAAAUGGAACAAAGAAAAAUCAUAAUCCAUUAUUUAUGAAAAUGCAUUUUGUAUCCUUUUGUUAAAUAUUUUGUAUCCUACCUGUAUAAUUCUAGCAACAGAUAAUGUAAUGGCAGUAAGUGAGUGCUUUAUUGAGCGAUACCAUUGCCAAUUAUGAAAAAGGACUUCAUGAAAAGGGUCUUGCUUCUGUUUUAAUACUUCUGAGGCUUUUUAUUUAAUUUGAUUUUCCUAAUUGUUUUACUUGAGUCAUCUCUGUUUUAUAACCUGUGGACAUUUCAAUACACCACAGAAAUGUAGUAUUAAGGGAGUAGUUUAUCAAAUAAGUAGUUAAGAGCAUACAAGGGAAAAUGCUUUGAAGAUACUUGAAGUUAUUCAUUUAUACUAUUAGAUGUGGAAUUUUGCAUUUGCUUUAUUUAUGUCUCUGUUCCUUGUUUAUACAAGCAGAGUAUAUUGCACUUUGAUAUUCACCCUAAUUCAAGUUCUGUUUAAUAUCUUCUUACACACCAUGUCCUGUAACUUUGGCGCUGCUUACCAUAGUCUACACCUCUUUUCAGGGUUCACAUCUUAAGAUUUCCAUCAUAAUUCCCAUGCAAGUUACAGGGGAAAAUUUCAGUAUUGUUUUUCAUUUACAGAAUGUGUUAUUCUGUUUUGUUUGUUUUGUGUUUUUUUUGUUUUUUUUUUGAGAAAUAGGAUUUUGCUUCACUUAAUAAUGUAUAGCAAUAGAAGCUUCAAUAACAUGUAGCCCAUUUUGUUGCUUUAUAUUGUGUAUUAAAAUAGUUUGUUCCA